AUGCUUAAUCCAAUAAAUUCGGAUCGUAUUCCAACACCAACUUCGUUGCCUCGAGAUGACGAUAUCAUCGAACUGCUCCGAAGCAAUGAUUUCGACGUGCGUCUUCAGACGUUGAAUCGGCUCUCAGCUAUAGCCAAGAGAGAUCCGUUGUGGUUUCCGAAGUUUGCAAAGAAAGGCGAUUUGUUCAAACAGUUCGAUCGAUUGCUGGUCGAUGAUCGCUGGGAAGUGCAACAUCAAUGUAUAAAGUUUAUUUUAGAUGCUCUGCCAACGUUUGGAAAUAACGUGGAAUGGUGUGUAUCUUAUCUUCUUCCAAGAAUAAUCAUGAAACUUGGAAGUUCGAAAAUCACUGUACGUCGCAUCACCAACCAAAUGUUGACCACUUAUUUGAGGCUUCAACCUGACGCCGUCAAUAACGUGCAGAAGAUGUUGGUGAACUUCCUGUUGAAUCGAGAUAAUGAACCAGCCGUUCGUAAUGAAGUCCUGAACGAAUUACCAAACUUACUCAUCGCAGAAUGUCGUUCACAAACCUGGUCUACACUUAUUGAUGGUCUAACAAAAUGGAUGCUUGCCUCAGAACCUAAACUUCAAGAGAAAAUUGCCUAUGUUCUAUCGAAUGUCAAUGUCUAUUUGCAAUACGAUCGUUUCGAAGAAGUGAUUGCUGGUUUACCGAACGCCCAGAAAGCGAUUUGUGAAAAGUACAGGCGCAUUAUUAUCGACAACAGUAAGCCAUCUGAGGUGAAUGCAAGUGAAAGUAAGAAUUCAAGCAGUAGUUUGAACGAUUCGAUGACAAUGGAGAAGAAGAACCGAUUUGGAAUUAUGCCUGUGCUAGUGAGUAAUAUGUUGAAUAAUGAUACCGAAGCGGUGACACGGAUCAUGGGAUUGGAACAGACAAAAACAAUAAUCGAGCGAAUCACGUUUGAAGAUGUUCGCAGAUUCGUUCCACAUCUUCACUCAUAUUUCAUAACACUUGGCAAUGUGUUGGAUGAUCUGAAUUUCAAAGUUGUGGUUUUAUGCUUGGAUAUUGUUCGAUUGACUAUCGAGAAGCUGAAUGGACACGUCAAUACACACGAACAGGCUCGUUUAUCGCGUAGUUGCUUACCGACGAUACGAUACGACGGUCUCAUUGAGUAUUCAUUGCAAUUCUCAUUGGACGCCAGCUCUGUGAAUCUGCGAGGAAUGACGCAAAUGAGUGAAUAUCUGGAUCUUGAAUGGAUCUUGAGUGCUAACAAUGGGCCGAGCAGUGCUUUUUCGAGGACAUUCUCACCGAAUGCGGUUGAUGUGAACACAAUUCGAUCUAUUGUGCAUGCGAGCAAUUUUGGAAAGGCAUUGCGACGACACCAAAACGACGAAAGUAAAUUGCCAUGGGAGGCUGACAUAGACUUCAAGGAGGAUGAAUUCUCACUCGCUUCACUGCAAACAUCAAACAUCACUGCAAAUUCCUAUGACGAAAGUGAACAGCAACACGAAUUUCGAAACGAAAGCAGUGGUCAUUCUGAACCAGCAACCAAUGGUGGUGGUAUAGUUGAGCAAACAAAACAGUUGAACGGUAGCAGUGCUAUUUCAAGGAACAAAAUGGGAAAUCGCGAAACGCGUGAGGUGGAGGACAACACGGCCGCCCAACAUGCUUCCAAGAAUGGCUUUUCAUUCAGUGCUGUUCAACGCGGUUAUCUCACAAACGGUUUGAGUAGGCCUUUGAAUCGCGUGAGAUCAGACGGAAGUAUUCUCGAGGAGAUCAACAAUUCGAGUAAUAUCUCAAUGGCCAGGUUAAAAGCAGCCAAACACCGACAGUUCCGUGACGUAUACCCUCCGUCCGAACCAGCCAUUCCAACGCACAAUCAAGUUGCUUUGGUGAAGAAAAGUGUGAGCCAUCAAAAUCUAGCGAGCAGCUCGAGGGCGCAGCGUAAUCCUUUGAACGCAGCCACAAGGUCGUACUUGAAAGCUGGUUCGUCAAGUCGUUUGAGGCCUGGCGUCAGCCAGCCAUCCUCAUUACGUGGUUCGCGACCGAACCUGAAUGCAACCUCAACCUCGUUGGAUUUGUCUCGUCGAAUCAACGUUGAGGCAAUCGACCGUGAUCCUGCGCUCGCUGUUCAAAACGCACUUCGUAAAAUCAAUAGUGAUGAAUGGACCAGUAAAGUGGAGGCAAUUCAGACGAUCGUGCACGUCGCUGAGACAUCACCUCAAGCUGUGGCAAAUAACUUACAACCUGUCAUAGCGGCGCUUCUCACUGAGUGUAAAAAUCUUCGUUCAAGUGUUUCAAGAAUAGCGAUUAUAGCGCUUGGAACGCUCUUUAGAACAACCAAAACUAAAAUGGAUGUGGAUAUAGAGAAGGUUUGUUUGAUGUUGAUGCAAAAAGCUGGCGAUGUGAGCAGUGCCUUCAUUCGUGAAGAUGCAACCGCAUCUCUCGAGGAAAUGGUCCAAAAUGCAUCUUCAAAUAAAGUGCUCAAUGCACUUAUCGCUUCUGGAGCCAAAAGUAAGAACAAUUCAAUUCGUGCGGGUUGUGCCCAACUAAUUACACGCCUCAUUGAACGAGUCGGUGCAGUGAAUGCCCUCAAUAGCGGAGAAUUUCCGAAAUUGAUGAAAGCUCUGCUCGGUUUCGCCAAGGACCCGAGUCCGGCCGUGCGACAGCAUGGAAAACAAGCACUUCAGUUGCUAACUAAGGAUCAAGCAAUGUUCGAUAGAACAGCAAGGCGGGUGCUGAGUGAAGCGGAAUUGAGGGCACUCAAUGAGGUAUUGGAAAGUAUCAGGAAAAGGGUGAGCCAUGCACGCAAUUCAUUAUAA